AUGUUCUAUAACUUGAAGCCGUCACCGCUGCUGGUCAGCGACGAGCACGUUUCUGUGGACUGGGUGAUCCAGGUGAUGCUGUACACCGUGCUGAAUCCAUUGGGAGUCUGGGUGUAUGUCGGCUUGAUGUAUCUGCGUACCGGGGAAAUUCAGCACGUUCGAUUUGGUCUGGCUGUGGUUAUAGCGUGGAUUCUGCGCUACUACAACUGGCGCUCGAGGAAAUGCCGGUUUUCACGUCGCAACCGCCGAAACAUCGUCGUCACCGGCGGCUCGCACGGGCUCGGGCUCGAGCUUGUCCGGCUCUUGAGCUCUAGCUGCCAGAUCUGGGUGCUGGACCACGAAAUGAGCGUCGAACUGGGCCAGCUAGCACAACACCAGAAGUCUGUCGCAUACGUCCAGUGCGACCUCGGCAGCCAAACAGACCUCGACAGCGCGAUCGACACGCUGUUCCAACGCACAGACCAAAUCGACGCCGUCGUGUGCAACGCCGGGAUCCGCCAGUCCAAACAGACACUCCAUCUAUCAAGUACAGAGCUACAAAAACUAUUUGACAUCAACUAUUUCGCCAACGUCCACCUUGUCAAACGCGUGCUCAAGGCUCACACGCAUCCCAACAGACUGCAUCUCGUUUGUGUGAGCUCCGUUUUGGGGAUCGUGUCUCCGCGAGGACUUUCUGGCUACUCUGCUACCAAAGCUGCCAUGUAUAACUUUUUCACCUCGCUGCGACACGAGACCCCCGAAAGCGUGGUGGUGAGCACGGUUGUCCCUGGCCAGCUGACCACACGCAUGUUCAACGACGUGAAGGUGGACCAUUUUUUCUGGGCCCCGUUAAUAGACCAUCGCAAACUCGCUGUGCGCAUAACCGAGGUGCUGGACCAGGGCGUGAACGGGGUGUUUGCGUACCCGCUGUACGGGCGACUUCUGCCUGUGCUGCAAAUCCUGCCGUACUCGUGGUACCGCUGGCUGAAAAAAUACAGCCGCAUGGACGAUGUUAUAGAGUCCUGA